AUGGUGGCACUAGAUGCAGAUAUGAACAGGGAUGACGACUGUGACAAUAUUGGUCUAGGAUGUGCUUUGGAACACUUUUCUGAGGUUGAAGAGGUGCUAUCUAUGAUCGACAAUGUGAGAAAUAUCUAUAACACUCCAAGUUUUGAAGUUGAAUAUGAUAAAUUGUAUACUAUUCUUAAACAAUAUUAUGAGCAGCCUCACCUACUUGAUCCACAUUUGGACAAAAUGUUAGCCAAGUUUAUGAACAUAAUCAAGGAUAAAGAGGCAGCAUUUGAAAUAAAACAUGCAGCUUUUAACUAUAUGUAUCAAAUAAUAAGGGUCAGGGGCUAUAAAGUGGUUGUUAGGCACCUGCCACAUGAGGUUACAGAUCUCUUAACAGUUCUUACUUAUCUGGAAGCUCAAGAUCCACUAGAUAAAGAAACAUGGAGAAGUAGAUUUGUUUUGUUGCUUUGGCUUUCGAUAGUUGUCAUCAUUCCAUUUCAUAUGAGCCGACUAGAUGGAUUUGCUCCAGAUCAGCCAGGGACAGCUGGUACUUCAAAAAAAUUAACUGUAAUGGAGAGAAUAUUUAAUAUUUGUAAGACUUAUGCUAUGAGCAAAGACAGCUGUGGAGAAGCUAGUGCUUAUUUGGCAUCAAAAUUUUUAAUAAGGUCUGAUGUAAAAGAACUAUACAUGAAAUCAUUUUUUGAUUGGGCCUGUGACUUACAUUCCAAUUUGCAAGAAGAAGAUACUAUUUACUAUGGAGUCUUGGCUGCGGUAGCUGCAGUCUUAAAGCAUGGGAAAAGAGAUGACUUAUUGCCCUUUACACCGAAACUAUUAGAAUGGGUGACAAAACAAAAUUAUAAGCAACAUAAUGCCAUGUUAGUCAGGAAAUAUGGUGUUAAGAUUGUACAAAGAAUUGGUUUAACAUUCCUCCGCCCCCGCGUAGUCUCAUGGCGCUACACACGCGGCUCCCGCUCCCUAGCAGUAACUCUAGGGGCUGCAACAGCCGCAGCUGGGGACACUGAGACCAUCACCACACCCCCGGAUGAUGAUGACCAGGAUAUACCUCAGGAGGUAGAAGACGUAGUGGAACUCCUUCUCUGCUCGCUGCGCGACGACGACACAGUGGUGCGGUGGUCCGCCGCGAAGGGCGUGGGCCGCAUCGGCGCGCGGCUGCCGGCGCUGGCCGCGGCCGACGUGUGCGAGAGCGUGCUCACGCUGUUCGCGGACAACGAGCGGGAGACGGCCUGGCAUGGCGGCUGCAUGGCGCUGGCAGAGUUGGGUCGCCGCGGGCUGAUCUCGCCGACGCAGCUGGGCGCGGCGGUGCGCGCGGCGGCGGCGGCGCUGCGGCGCGACGAGGCGCGCGCGGCGGGCGGCGGCGCGCGGGCGGCGCGCGACGCGGCCUGCCACGCCGCCUGGGCCAUCGCUCGCGCCUACGACGCGCCCGCGCUGCGCCCGCACGCUGACCUGCUCGCGUGCGCGCUUAUCGCGACCGCAUGCUUCGACAGAGAGAUCAACUGCCGCCGCGCGGCGUCGGCGGCGUACCAGGAGAACGUGGGGCGGCACGGGCUGUUCCCGCACGGCAUCGAGGCGCUGACGGCCGCCGACUUCCACGCGGUGGGCCCGCGCGCGCACGCCUACCUGCGCGUGGCGCCGCGCGUGGCCGCGCUGCCGCCCUACGCGCGCCCGCUGCUCGACCACCUCGCCGACCUCAAGCUGGAGCACUGGGACGUGGCCGUGCGCGAGCUGGCCGCCAGGGCGCUCGGGAACCUCACCGACAAGAUGCCAGAGUAUGUCGCGACUGAAUUGCUUCCAAAACUGAUAAAGAAGACGGAAUCUAUAGAUCUGAACGUAAGACACGGCGCCAUUCUCGGCAUUGGGGAGGCCAUAUACGCGCUCUCUCAGACUGAGUUGCCUGAUGGGCGCAAGGGGGACUCGCUGGUGGGCGCGGCGGAGUGGGCGCGCGUGCGCGGGCUGGCGGCGGCGCUGCGCGCGCGCCAGUUGCUGCGCGGGCUGGGCGGCGAGCUCAUGCGCCAGGCCGCCUGCGCCGCCGCCGCGCGCCUCGCGCGCGCCGCCGCGCCGCUGCCGCCCGCCGCUGUCGACGAGUGGCUCAGUCUUGUAGAGGAAUGCCUCUCACACGAAGUGCAAGCAAUACGAGAAAAGGCAAUCGAAGCUUUACCGCAUAUAUUCGAGCAAUAUUUCAAAGACGACAAUCUUCAGUACGGCGAUAUGAGUGCCAAGCAGAAGAGAAUGCAGUUAGUGGAGAAGUAUUGCGAGCAGCUAGGAAAUACUGGCGUCAAUGGCUUGUUUUUGAGAAUGGGUUAUGCGAGAGCUAUUGGCGCUUUACCACAAUUCGUGGUGGAGGAGCAGAUGGAGCUGAUAGUGGGCGCCCUGAUCGAGUGUAGCCGCGUGACGGAGGGCACGGCCAAGUGGGCGGAGGCGCGGCGGGACGCAGCGGCGGCGCUGGCGGCGGCGACGGCGGCGGCGCCGGCGCGCGCGCGGCCCGAGCUGCUGGCGCGCGCGCGCGCCGCGCUGCUGGCCGGCCUGCACGAGUACACCGUGGACAUGCGCGGCGACAUCGGCGCCUGGGUGCGCGAGGCCUGCAUGACGGGGCUGCUGGCGCUGUGCCGGCAGUGCGCGGCGCAGGCGCCGGAGCUGAACGCCGCGGCGGCGGUGGCGGCGGUGGCGCGCGGCGUGGCGCAGCAGGCCGUGGAGAAGAUCGACCGCACGCGCGCGCACGCUGGCCGCGUCUUCACCGCGCUCCUCUACAAUGACCCCCCGAUAGACAACAUCCCGGACCAUGAAGCGCUGAAGCGCAUCUUCCCGCCCGCCUCGUGCGAGCCGGACGCGGGGGACGCCCCGGGCGAGGCCGCCGCCCCGGGCGCGGUCCCGGGCGCCAGCGAGAGCUCCGGGGUGGUGCUGUGGCUGUUCCCGGGACACACGAUGCCGCGCUUCGUGCAGCUGCUGCGCUUCCCGGCGUACCGCUACCACGUGAUCAAGGGGCUGGUGGUCAGCGCGGGAGAGCUCACCGAGAGCUUGGUAAAGCACACGACGCAGUCCCUGUUCGCGUUCCUCAACUCGCUGCACGCGGAGCCGGCCGUGCUGCGCAGCGUGUGCGCCGACGUCACGCAGGUGUUCGCCGACAACCUGCACGUAAAACGCAUCACGGGGCCCAUGUUCAACUUCCUCGACCGCCUCUUGAGCUCGGGAUCCAUAUCACCAAUAUUAGAAGAUCCCGAGUCGACGUUCGCGAAGGAUAUAUUGAAAUACUUACAGUUGGAACUCAGAGGAGGCAAAAAUAUAUAUAAGCUACUGGAUUCCAUCAAUGUUUUGUGUCAACUCAUUCAGGUGCCGGGCGUGUGCGGCGCCGCGCUCGGGCAGCUCGCCAUCUACCUGUGCUACAGCGACCGCUACGUGCGCCGCUGCGCCGCCGCGCGCCUCUACGAGGCGCUCGCGCUCUACGGCGACGCCUGCGUGCCGCCCGACGACCUCGACCAGGUAAUGAACACGCUGGCGGAGACGGACUGGGAGCGCGCCGUGCCGGAGCUGCGGCCGGUGCGCGACCGCCUGUGCGACCUCAUGGCCAUCAAGCGCCCCGUGCUCCGGCAGAAGCCCACAAAC